GUCGACGCAGUGCAUUGUGGGUAGGUCAGGGAAAGAGAGUGGAGGACGCCAUGUGCUUGUGAGUGUGACUGAGAUCCUGACAGGCUUGUGCUGUGUUUUUAGCACCUGGGAUUUGUUGAUUUGUUUGGAAAGAAACGACAGGAAAGAACAAUGUACUGCACUUUGCACUGCAUCCGGAAUUCGCUGCGGAUAGCCGCAAAAACACCCCGGCAUCACCUGUCUGCUCCGGCUCUGUCCGCACUGCGAGCGCUCCACUGUAGCCCCGCCCGUCUCUCCGACGCCAUAGCAACGCCACCGUUAGACGGAGCGCCCAAGCAGUACUCGCCCAAAAUCCACCAGCUGGUCAACGAUAUCGCCAGUCUCACCCUGUUAGAGGUGUCCGACCUCAACGAGCUGCUCAAGAAAACACUGAACAUUCAGGAUGUGGGGAUGAUGCCGAUGGGUGCAGUGACCGCAGCACCGAAUGCUUCAGCAGCUCCGGCAGCAGAGGAAGACGUGGCCCCAGUGAAGAAGGAGAAAACCCAUUUCACUGUGAAACUGACCGAGCUGAAGGCGGAGGAUAAAGUCAAACUGAUUAAGGAAGUGAAGAACUGCAUUCAGGGGUUAAAUCUCGUACAGGCUAAGAAGCUGGUGGAGUCGCUGCCGCAGGAGAUCCGGGCGAACGUUUCCAAAGAGGAGGCAGAGAAGCUGAAGGCAGCUCUAGAAGCAGCAGGGGGCACUGUGGUUCUGGAGUAGAUCGCCUCAGCACCACUGCGUCCACCCUCUUCAUUACUGUCUGUUUUUUUUUUUGUUUUUUUUUUUUGUUUGUUUUUUUUUUACAACAAAGCUCAAAAGAAUUUUGGAAAACAGAUAUAAAGUGAUAUAACUGGGUGUGUGAACUCUCAGACUGAACUCUAGCAGGCUGCAGGCUUGCGUACUCUCACCACCCGGCCAUCACACCUGUGUCUGUCCGUCUGUCUCUACAGACGGCGUUGGAAUAAUGUCUGUCUGUCUGUCUGUCAGAGAGCAGUGAGGACACGUGUCCUGGACAUGUACAGACAUGCGCCAUUUGUCCAUGGUUAAAUAAAUAUGUCAUAUAGUAAUGUGGAAAA